CUCCGCGACCGAUAGAUGUCAGCGCCGGCGCCCUUCGUUUGUAAACACACGAGUGACACUCCCUUCGCCUCCCCAGGUUCGAUUCGGUCUAUUUAUUCCUAUUUUCACGCCCGUAUCCUGACCUUGGCCAAGGUUGUGACUCAAGUACUGGAACUUCAAUUCACUACUAAUAACAGUGCCAGUAUGACCUCUGAGCAUAUACACAGCAUUCUCAAAGACCCAAAGAUGUCUGCCCGAAACCAAGUUAUAACCCAACAAAUAAGACAAGACUGGAUCAACAGGGAAUAUAUUGAGGUCAUAACUAGUAACAUCAAAAGGAUAGCAGAGUUUCUGAACAGUUUCGACAUGUCAUGCAGAUCUAAGCUGAGUCAGCUGAAUGAGAAACUGACAACAUUGGAGCGGAGAAUCGAGUACCUGGAGGCUAGGGUCACCAAAGGGGAAACACUAAAUUGAUCUUGGCUCUGUAAUGUUGUACUGGAAAAAAUAUAUAUUGGUUUUGUAAUCUACUUGCAAUGAAAAGGAAAGUCUUUUGUUUUGUAUAGUCAUUAAUGUCAAUGAGUAUCAUCAAUGCCACUUAUAACAUGGUAAUGUGUACCUUAUUUUACUUUUAAGAAAGCAUUAGGGCUACAUGCAAAAAUGUAUGUGAAAACAUUUCAUCCGUUUAGACAUUAACCAGCAUAUAAUCACUAAAGUCAUAAAUAAUAAUAAAAAAGAUUUUAUGUCUUUUAAUGCUGGUACAUCACUUUAAACCAUUAUACCAAAUAGUUUGAAUUUCCAAAGAGAUUGUGAAACAAUUUUGUGUAUAUAUUGUUUCUUCUGUAUAGUGACCUAACUCUGGAAUGAAUAUGCAAAUAGAUAUGACCUACUAACACAAGAUUAUUAUUACCUGGAUUCUAUGAGUAUUCAAUGGAUGCACCUAUUCUGGAAUCCAGUCAAUUAAACAAUGGAAUACUGUGUUCAUUUGUCUUAUUUUCUGGGAAAGCCUUCACCUACUCUAUCAAAUUAUACAUGAACUCACUUUUAGUUACUAUUCAUGACAUUUCCUACCCAAGUAUGUGAUUGUACUUCUUUGUAAUAAAUACCCAUAAAA